ACAGUGCAUCCCAUCAUGUAUUGGAACAUGACAUCAUCAUUUAUAAUAUAUCAAUGUUGGCUACAGAGCCGUUCUGGGGGCGAUCUUGUCGGGGGCCAAUUUGAUGUCACGUUUUCCGUAGAAUAUUAGUCGAUUCGCUAUAGCAGGGUUGAAUCGAUGAUAUCUUUGUUCUAGCCAAGACCAAUCUCUGGAUUCUUAUUCUCUUUCCAUUUUUGUCUGAAACUUGCAGUUUGAUCACAGUGUCUAGUAAUGGCGACUGAAAUUCGAUAUUUUGAAUUGAACACUGGGGCGAAAAUUCCUUCGGUAGGUUUAGGAACGUGGCAGUCAGAGCCGGGGCUCGUCGGGGAUGCUGUCGCUGCUGCUAUUAAGGCUGGAUAUCGACAUAUUGAUUGUGCUCGUGUUUAUGCAAAUGAGAAAGAGAUUGGUCUUGUCUUGAAGAAGCUGUUUGGUGAUGGUUUAGUGAGGCGUGAAGAUUUGUGGAUUACCUCGAAGCUCUGGUGUACUGAUCAUGUGCCAGAAGAUGUCCCAGAAGCAUUAGAUAAAACUUUACAAGAAUUGCAGCUUGACUAUGUUGACCUUUACCUUAUUCAUUGGCCAGUCCGCAUGAAAAGGGGAGCUGUUGGCUUUAAGCCUGAAAAUCUUAUUCAACAUGAUAUUCCCAGCACAUGGAGAGCAAUGGAGGCACUCUAUGAUUCUGGCAAAGCUCGUGCAAUUGGUGUGAGCAAUUUCUCUACAAAAAAGUUGGGGGAUUUAUUGGAGAUAGCACGUGUUCCUCCUGCUAUCAACCAGGUGGAAUGCCAUCCUUCAUGGCAACAGACCAAGCUACGUGCAUUUUGUAAAUCCAAGGGAGUGCACCUAUCUGGGUAUUCGCCAUUGGGUUCUCCAGGAACACCAUGGAUAAAGAGUGAUGUUCUUAAGCAUCCUAUUCUGAAUAUGGUUGCAGAGAAGCUGGGCAAGACUCCUGCCCAGGUGGCUCUUAGAUGGGGGCUUCAAAUGGGUCACAGUGUGCUCCCUAAAAGCACCAGUGAAAAGAGGAUGAAGGAAAACUUUGAUGUUUUUGAUUGGUCCAUACCGGAGGAUUUGUUUGUCAAAUUCUCUGAAAUUGAGCAGGCAAGGCUGAUUAGAGGAACUUCUUUUGUACAUGAGACCCUAAGCCCUUACAAAACUCUUGAGGAAUUUUGGGAUGGUGAGAUCUGAGCAGAUGCCAAUUCGUGGAUGACUCUUGUUAGUCUUUAACUCUUCCAACUCUACAUCCUUUCCUGAGAUGAAACCCCAGUGGAUAUUUUCUGUGUUCGGAACAAAUUAAACUUCCAACUUUAGACCAAGCAUUAAAAUAUUUACAUGAUAGAUAAAUAGAUUGGCAUUGUUAAAUGAACAGUCGGCAUCACUUUUGUUUGAACCAUAAUGGUUGAAUUUGCUCCUUUUCAUGUGCUUAAUAUGGUUUUAGGUCCAAAAAAAGGAUGGGGGCCAUUUAUA